AUGCAGUUUGAGCGUCCUGCAUCCUCCCGCGUCAUCGGGAGUCCAGACUCCCGAGGUGAACUUGCGAGUCCGAACUCCCAUGAACGGGAGAACGUACUUGGCGUUCUUCGUAUUGAGAAACAGCUAAUCGUCUGCCAACGGAAGAGCAGCGAACUGACAUGUCCUGUUGGGUUCUAUAAGGCCUCGGCCGGUUCUGUUCCGUGUUCCGUGUGUCCCGCGAACAGCAGAACAAGCUCUGACGGUUCUAAGGUCUGCGAGUGCCGCAGUGGGUUCUACCGUGCCGCCGGUGACGCCAACACCUCCGCAUGCACAGGUCCUCCCUCGGGUCCAGUGGCUCUGUCGUGGGAGUAUGAGAGUUCGGAGGGGGGCGUGUCCCUACGCUGGCGCCCUCCGUUGGACAUGGGGGGUAGGGGCGAGGUGUGGUACGCGGUCGUGUGCCGAAUUUGCCCCUCUGCCUCCGACACCCCCCCCACCAUGUGCUCGUGGUGCGGAGAGACGGUCACGUACGCCCCGUCCCAAACCAACCUUCGCCAAACCAAAGUCACCCUGAACAACCUGCUCACCAGGGUCACCUACCUCAUCCAGGUUCAAGCCAUGAAUGACGUGUCAGCUUUAAGUCCGUUCCCGCCUCAGUUUACCAGCAUCAACUUCACCACCAGCCAAUCAGUGCCGUCCACUGUUCCAAUGCUCCAUCAGUUGAGUCGAUCUCCUGACUCCAUCACGCUUUCCUGGCCUCAGCCCGACAGACCUAACGGAGACAUACUGGAAUAUCAGCUCAGAUACUACGACAAGGGCUCAGACGAGGACAGUGCCAUGAGCGUGUUCAGUGAGACUAACACGCUGACGGUCACUCCUCUGUUGCCGGGGUCCAUCUACGCCUUCCAGAUCCGGGCCCGGAAUGAGAGAGGCUACGGACCAUACAGCCACACCACGUACUUCAGCACGCUGGCCAUCGAGGAACGGUCAAAACAAAUCCAGACUCGGCUGCCGCUGCUGGUCGGCUCUGUGAUGGGCGGGGCGGCGUUCCUGUUGGUCGUCGUGGCGAUCGUCAUUGUGUUCGUGUUCCGAAGUAAAAGGAGAGCGAGUCCGUACAGUGACAGACUGCAGAGGUACAUCAGUAACCGAGGCGGAGUGAAGUACUAUGUUGACCCGUCCACCUACGAGGACCCGAGUGAGGCGGUGAAAGAGUUUGCCCGAGAGAUCGAUCCAGCCCAUCUGAAGAUAGAGGAGGUCAUUGGUGCUGCUCAGUUUGGGGAGGUGUCGCGGGGGCGGUACAGGCCCCUGGGGCGGAGGGAGGUGUUGGUGGCAGUGAAGACUCUCCGCUGGGGCGUGUCAGACCGGGAGAGAGCCGUGUUUCUCAGUGAGGCGGGGGUCCUGGGUCAGUUUGACCAUCCCAACGUGCUCAAGCUGGAGGGAGUGAUCACACGUCACCCCCCAGAGAGGAUCAUCACCGAGUUCAUGGAGAACGGCCCACUGGACGCCUUCCUCAGGGAGAACGAGGACCAGUUCAGCGUCCUGCAGCUGGUCGGUAUGGUGAGAGGCGUAGGUGCUGGGAUGCGUUAUCUCUCUGAGAGAAACUUUGUGCAUCGCGACCUGGCCGCCCGGAAUGUUCUGGUAAACUCCAACCUGGUGUGUAAGGUCUCCGAUUUCGGCCUGUCGCGACUGAUGAGGGGUUUGGACCAGAACAUGCCGACCUACACUGCCUCACUGGGCAGUAAGAUUCCUGUCCGAUGGACCGCUCCUGAGGCCUUCCAGCAUCGGAAGUUCAGCUCAGCCAGUGAUGUCUGGAGCUUUGGAGUCCUCAUGUGGGAAGUGAUGUCAUACGGAGAGAGGCCAUACUGGGACAUGAGCAACCAGGAGGUGAUGAAGGCAGUGGUUGAUCAGUACCGUCUGCCUGCACCUCAUAACUGCCCCCCGGCCUUACACGCCCUGAUGCUGAAGUGCUGGCAGGCGGAGCGACAGGACAGACCUGGGUUCGACUCUCUCCUCUCUUCCCUCGACAGGCUCAUUCGCCACCCUGCCUCCCUCAAGGCGGAGCAUGCUCGGCCCACCCAGCCACUCCUAAGCCCCACCCCCACAGACCUGUCAUCAGUGGCCACGGUCAGCGAUUGGCUGAGUGCUCUGCGGAUGGACAGAUACAGGGAGGCCUUUGAGAGGGCGGAGCUGAACACUCUGGAGAGCGUGAGCGUGCUCACUAUGGAGGACGUGCAGAAUCUAGGGGUGAACCUGCUGGGCCAUCAGAGGAAGAUCAUCAACGCUGCUCAGCAGCUCAGGACUCAUCUCACUCAGGGACAGGUGGAAGUUUAG